AUGAGGAACCUCAAGGCGCCCCCGCACGAGCUGUGCACCGUCGUGAUGGGCUCCAGCUGCGGGCCCCUUGCCAGCCCCGUGCACAACUGGACGGUGCCCCUAAACGGCCGGCCCAAGCCCGCAGUCGACGCCAGGACGGGCAGAGGACUCACGGACGCUCUUGGGAAGCGUCAUCUUAGGGUGCUGCACGUCUCGGACACGCACUACGACCCGGAGUACGAGCCCGGGAGCAACGGCGACUGCCCGGAGCCCAUGUGCUGCCGCGGGGCGAACGGCAAGGCGCCUUCGGACGAGACGAAGGCGGGCAAGUGGGGCUACCUGGGCAAGUGCGACAUCCCGCUGCGAACCCUCGAGAGCAUGCUGCAGCACGCCUCCCAGAACCACAAGAUCGACAUGAUCCUGUGGACCGGAGACUUGCCGCCCCACGACCCGUGGAAGGCCACGAAGGAGGAAACUAUCGCGAACCUGCGUGUGACGUCACAACUGAUCCGGAAAUACUUCCCCACUGCCACCGUGCUGCCGGCCAUCGGCAACCACGAGGCGGUCCCCAUCAACAGCUUCCCUGUUCCCAACAAAGGAAACUACACCGUCCAGUGGCUGUACGACGAAUUCGCCAACCACUGGAUGGACUUUCUGCCAGAGUCUACGAAGCCGACUAUUAAAAGGGGUGCCUUCUACUCUAUCCAGGCCGGCAAAGGACUCCGGGUGAUUUCCUUGAACACCAAUCUUUGUUACAUCUACAACUGGUGGCUCCUGUACAACUCGACAGACCCCAAGGGUCAGCUUCAUUGGCUCGUCGACGAACUGCAGCGCGCCGAAGACGCCGGCGACAAGGUCUUCAUCAUGGGCCACGUGGCCCCCGUGCACCUCGAGUGCAUCACCGCCUGGGCCAACAGCUUCAGGCGCAUCGCUAACAGGUACGAGUCGACGAUCGUGGCCCAUUUCUACGGCCACACGCACUUCGACCACUUCCACCUGUUCUACGACGAGAAGGACGAGUCCCGGCCCACGGGGGUCGCUUACAUGGGACCCAGCGUCACCACCUUCGUCGAGACCAAUCCCAGCUACCGGGUGUACACCGUGGACGGAGUGGGGGACAAGCCCUCCUGGGAGGUUGUAGACCACGAGACGUACUGGAUGGAUCUGGCGGCCACCAACCGAGACGACAAGCCCAGGUGGGCGUUGCAGUACGCGGCCAAGAAACACUACGGCCUCAAGUCCCUCUCGCCGCGGCACUGGCACGAGCUGGCAGAGAGGUUCAACAAGGACGACGAUCUCUUCCAAGAUUACUACAGGUUUAUGCAUAAGCUGUUCAAGCCCAAAGAAUGUGCGAAGAAAUGCAAGCUCCAAGAGAUCUGCAGCAUACAGUCCGUGACGAGCAAGGGGCUAUACGCCUGCAUGGAAUCCAAAGGCCUCAAGAUGAUAUAA